AAAUUAGAAAAUUAUCUAUGAACCUUGCUAAAAUGUCAAAACAAGUGUUGUGAAAAGUUUGUUAAUCAGGAAUAUAAAAAUAUUAACGAAACAUUUUUAAUAAAUGUGAAAAUGUUUGCUUCAACAUCUCGUCCUGAGACAGUUUACACAGUUUCACAAAAUGCUCUAAGUGUUAAAGAAAAGGAGAAAUACAUUGAAAAUUUUAAUUUUCCAUAUUGUGCUGAAUCCAGUAAAUAUGAAAAAGUUGCAAAAAUUGGCCAAGGUACAUUCGGUGAAGUAUUUAAAGCAAAAGAAAAAAAUACCACGAAAAAAAUUUUUGUUGCAAUGAAAAAAGUAUUGAUGGAUAAUGAAAAAGAAGGCUUUCCCAUAACAGCCCUACGUGAAAUUCGUAUCCUUCAAUUAUUAAAACAUGAAAACGUUGUGAAUCUAAUUGAAAUAUGUCGAACGCGUGCAACACCGAAUAAUCGUUUCAAAUCAACAUUUUAUUUGGUAUUCGAUUUUUGUGAACAUGAUUUAGCUGGACUGUUAUCAAAUGUGAAUGUGGCUUUUAAUUUAGGUGAAAUCAAAAAGGUCAUGCAACAAUUACUCAAUGGGUUAUAUUAUAUUCAUAGUAAUAAAAUUCUUCACCGAGAUAUGAAGGCUGCAAAUGUUUUAAUUACUAAAACAGGUAUAUUAAAAUUAGCAGAUUUUGGAUUAGCACGUGCAUUUAGUGCUUCAAAAAAUGGUAUUGCAAAUCGAUAUACAAAUCGUGUAGUCACAUUAUGGUAUCGUCCACCAGAAUUAUUACUUGGUGAUAGAAAUUAUGGUCCACCAAUCGAUCUAUGGGGAGCUGGUUGUAUUAUGGCUGAAAUGUGGACCCGUUCACCGAUAAUGCAAGGCAAUUCAGAACAACAACAACUAACAUUAAUAUCACAGUUAUGUGGUACAAUUUGUCCAGAAGUGUGGCCUGGAGUUGAAAAUUUAGAACUAUAUAAUAAAAUGGAAUUAACCAAAGGACAAAAACGUAAAGUGAAAGACCGAUUAAAACCUUAUGUACAAGAUGCUUAUGCUUGUGAUCUAUUAGAUAAAUUAUUAACAUUAGACCCAAGCAAACGUUAUGAUGCUGAUUCAGCAUUAAAUCAUGAUUUCUUCUGGACAGAUCCAAUGCCAUGUGAUUUAAGUCAAAUGUUAGCACAACAUAAUCAAAGUAUGUUUGAAUAUUUGACACCGCCACGUAGGCAAGUACAUAUGCGUGGACAUCAACAUGCCAUGCAAGUUCGUACAAAAAUGGCGGCUACUUCAUCACAAGAGAGUGGUUAUCAAGAUCGUGUUUUUUAAGUUUUGUUAAAAUUGAAUACACUUGGAUAACUAUUUUUUAUUUAUCAAAAUGAAUUAUUCUGACAGUAUGAGUGAAUUGCAUAAAUGUUUUAGACAAAAUGUGAUUUAUAUCAAUCGAAAAUUGAUUGAUGUCCAAAAAUAAUAAACAGUACGUUACACCACUUGAUAAAAAAUAUACAGAUGUAGCGCAACUCGUAACUAUCGCAUAUAUAGCGGCACAUAAACUUUAAUUUUCUUCAUGAAAACUCUUAGUCUUGACGAUAUUCCAGAAAGACAAAUACGGAAGGCGACAUAAUAGAAGCUUAAAAUAAGACUAAGAAACCCUUUUAAAGACCUACUGUCCUAAAUCCAGAUCAAAUGAUAGAUUAAAUUUUUUAGGGCUAUACGUAAUUUUUUAUCAAAUUAAGUAAACGCAUAACAUUAAUUACAAAUAAGAAAUUAAUCUGUUACAAAAUCAGUGUUGUAACUAAUUUAUAAUAAAAAUAGGAUUUCCAUUUACAAAAUUCGCAUAAUUCCUUGUUAAAGAGAAUUUCAGUGCGUCUUUUUAAAUCCGACAAAUCUUGCCUGAAACAUUUUUGCUAUUAUCAUAUUAGUUUCGGAAUACCUGAAGCGGAUUAAAUAAAAAUAGCUACUUUGUGUUCUUCGAGGAUUCCCAUUAUAUGAUUAGAAAGAUAAAUUGUAUUUUACAAGGUAUUCAAAUAAAUGAGAUGAGCAUACAAUUGAUAUAG